AUGUCAGGCAGCGACCGUCAGGUAGACGCAGAGGCCAAUGCAGAGGCCGUGCCGGCCAUUGCGCCGGAUGCUUCGGGGCCCGCAAACGAUGGCAAUACUGCCAAGUCAAGAAGACGUCGGCGUCCGGCCAGUGCGGAAAAUCAGGCAAAGAAUCAGAUGUUUUACUUCGUCGACUCCAGCUCGUCCUCGAAAGAAAAACGCGCCCAUGUUAUGCGACACCACGUCCAAGAGAAACGAAAGCAACGCAAAAUGUCCCACGGCACGAUGCCUUCGGAGCAGAUUCAAGAAUUGACCUCCUGGCAGGCCAGGGAGGAUUCGACAAGUAGUACAGAUAAUAAAAAGGACGUCUCGUCAGCCAGCGCAGGAUCAUCUGCCGAGCAGGAUUCUUCGGUCCAUUACAUUCAGCUUCCCAUCCGAUUCUCGGCGAUUAAACCAUAUGCACAGCCAAUGCCUAUGCAACUGGUCCCGCCAAUGACGAUCGACACAUCGCGAAGAGACCCGUUUUCAAGCCCUUCAUUCACGCAAAACCCUGAAGACGCGGAACUUGCGGAGUAUUGGACGAGCAAGUUAACGUACUGGUCGGGACAGAACCCUUAUGUGAAGGACCAGAUGUUUCGAACCGCCAUGGGUCACCCUGUGUCUUUCCAGGCGGUGAUAUUGACUUAUUGUGCUCGGUUCAAGGCUCAGAUUCUUGAAACUCCCGACACCGAGGAAGUCCAACGACAUGUUGGCCAGGCUAGAAAGAACAUCCAGGAUGCCACUGCAGGGUCUUUACCGGUCAAUGAAGAUUACCUCGCUAUGGCCCUGGCAGGUAUGGCUCUCGGAGAGGAUCGAUUUGGAAGUAAGCAAGACGCCCAGGCCUACCUUGAGCAAGCUGCACGAAUCAUGCGUCCGCGCACUGGUAUCAAUCGCUCAGUUGAAGCAUUUCUCCACUAUGUACGGCUUAUCCUGCCACCACCACCAACUACUAUGGUUGAUCCAACGGCCCCGCACUGGUUGGUGGCGUUCCUUCGAGCUGCAGAAGAUAUAAUGCACCAGCAUAGUGCUCCAGAGUACCUCGCAAAGGCGCCGCAGAGACGCGAUGUGUUCCAGAUGGAGUGUCCGCUGUUCUCCUUACUGUCCAGUGGACCGCGGCCAUCCCAAGUGCCACACGCGUCGCGCAUGUACGUCGUCCGUGACCCUCAAACUCAGGAAGUCAGUCGGACGGCGGCACUCAUUUACAUCACUGCGGCACUGUGGGAUUUCAAAGACUCGAUUGACAAAACAGUACGAUUCUUGAUCUAUCUCAACUCUCUCGUUGCACAACAUCAAUUGGACCGACACCCAGCUUGCGAAACUCUACUAUGGCUAUUGCUCGAACAAGGCUGUGAGCCUGACCUACGAAACCCCGAGCGUGCAUGGUCGGCCGGUGAUAUGAUAAAAUCUCAUCGAAAGCUGCGACCAGAUUUGCAGUUCCAUUUUAACGAAAUCCUGAUGAGCUUCUUGACGCUGCGGCCUCCAAUCCGCGGCAUUGACAAGUUUCAGGACGACCUCUUGAUGGAAACAAGUAGCAACGCACAAUGA